AUGGAUUCACAACCCCUUAAUCAGGACAAAGAAUUAGAAGAUAUUAAUGUGUCUAUAAUAACGUCAGAUUCCGAGACCUUAUACUUGGAAGAUGAUAACAACUCCUAUGUUAGUGAUUUACAGGGAGAAGAAAGAAUUGUUUCACCAAAAACAGAACUCGAUAGGACAAAUUUUACAGUUGAUCCUGCAUUAUACUUCAGAAACAAUGAUGAACUUAUAGAUGUUUUAAAAGCUGAGCAAAUUAGGUGGUUUUAUAAAAAUUUAUCAAAUAAACAGUGGGUAGAGUUCAACGGUUAUGAUUCCUUAAGGAUUGAACAUAGAUACAAAAAUCUAACUGACAAGGAGUGGGCAUACUACAAUACAACUUAUAGAUCAAGAAAACCACAAGAUAAAAAUACAAACUGUAGCCCUACAUAUGAACCUUUAAAAAGCCCUCAAAGUAUUAACCAAACAGUGAGACCUAGUGAUGAAACCACUCCUGAGGAGUGCAUUUCACCAUGCGGUGAAAUAAAUGAAAAGGUGGUGGUAAGAGAUGGUCUCUUUGAAGUUGACAUUCUGAAACGAAACUGCACUUCCAUCUUCUGGCCAGGUGAAGAAACUGUCAUCACCCGUGGAACAUGGUUCUAUGAAAAUACCUGGCAGCCAGUGGAGUUGGACAUUAGUGAAGACCUGGAACACAUUCAUUUAUCUCUAUUCAUUGGAAAAAGAAACUCUGAAUAUAUCCAAGAUGCUAAAGCUCCUAAAAAAGUGAUUCACACAGCAGUACUGUCGGAUAACCACAUAGACUGGUACGCUCCCAACGAGGUCUACUUGUACAGUCAAGCCACGCCUUCCAAGAUCGUGCGCAACCUAACGUCUCGGCUUGGCGGAUACUUCCAAAAAAAGUCUGGGUAUCGACUGCUGAGAGGUUACAAAGAUGCGGCCACAGACAAGGAUAAACCCAAGGACAUCUCACACCUGGUGUUUGUGGUGCAUGGUAUUGGCCAGAAGAUGGACAUUGGUGGACGAAUAUUGCACAACACGUCGUUGAUACGACAGAAUGUAACCUCUUUGCAUGAGAAGCUGUACCCAAACUCUAACCAACGAGCAGAGUUCUUCCCAGUGGAAUGGCGAACCAAUCUCACAUUAGAUGGAGGGCUAGUGGAGGCUAUCACCCCACUUCAUCUCACACAGCUGCGCAACCUCCUCAACACUUCAGCUAUGGACAUCAUGUACUACACAAGCCCUAUCUAUUGUGCAGAGAUACAAAAAGGUUUGAUCACAGAGCUCAACCGUCUUUACACCAUGUUUGUGGAGAGGAAUCCUUCACUCAAUGUCAAAGUGUCCGUGGUUGCUCACUCCUUGGGUUGUGUCAUUGUUUAUGACAUCAUCACCGGUUGGUUGCCUAUGAGUCCACCAAACAUAGUAUAUGACAAAGUACCUGAAGGAAUAGUUCCUGGAAAAUCGAGAUUAAAGUUUCACGUGGACAACCUGUUUAUGCUAGGAUCACCUCUGGCUGUAUUCCUAGCACUGAGGUAUCCACAAGGUCAACACGGCUACCACCUGUUCCCUCCCACCCUGUGUAACAGACUCUACAAUGUGUUCCAUAUCUCUGAUGCUGUGGCCUACAGGCUAGAGCCGCUGGUGGUCAAAGACUACUCUAGAAUUGCACCGCUGCGGAUCUGGCCGUGUAACUCUCCACACCGGAUACCAUAUAGCGAUAUGCCACUGGAGCUUAUCGACCCUCACGAGAUAGGCAUGACCAAGGAGAGGGAAGGCAAUGGUAGCAUGCCAGCAACAACCAACACCACACCCAAGGAGGACAGCUCCCCAGCAGAGACACCUAUCAGAGAUCGCGGCUGGAGUAUCUGGAACCUGGUGAGGGGAGGAGCCAACAGAAGUGCUGAUGGGGCCGCGUCACCUCAGCCGAUGGACUCUCCUACACGAGCUGAUUCAAAAGUAACUCCCGCUGAAGCAUUUUGUUUAAGGCUUCUUAUGAAAUUGAACUCUUUCCCCCAGACUGCUGGUUGUCUGGAGCAUCGGCUAGACUAUGUUAUAAAGGUGUCUGGCUCGCUGGGCGUGAGUGCACGUACGUACAUCAACAUGUUGAGCUCUCACACCGCUUACUGGGGCAGCGAGGACGUUGCGUUCUUUGUGCUCACACGACUCUUCCCAGAACUGGACGAAACUGUAGAUACGACAGCCGAGCUUUGCACAGAGAGUGAGGAGUCGUAGCGGACUGUACAUGCCGCUUUGCUAAGCAGUCAUCGAUGUAUGUGUUCCACUUAUCAUUGUGAAGUGUUAACUUUGUAAGCAAAGUGUCUUUGAGUGAAAUUAUUUACGAGUUGUUUGCUUUUGAAAAGAAAAGUAUUUGUUGAGUUUAUUUAACGUUGAAUAAUGAAUAAUAAUUAUUUGGAAUUUGGAAUUGCAUUAUCUGGAAAGUUAAAAAUAAUGGAAUAAUAAUUUGUUAAUUUACAUUCAAGGGGACAAUGCUAUUU